UGGGUUUUCAAGAGUUUAACAUGUUGUUAUAAGGCCAACCUUAGACCCUGAUUCAGGACCCGUGGUAAAGAUAGAAGUGGAAAAUGUUCGGUGGAGGAAAUGCUGCCGUAAAUAUGCUUGCUAAAGUUCUCCGACACUCUUCAGGCAGCCAAGAGAAAGAGCUUGAGAAAGGCAGGCAAAAUAACUCACAGUCAGAGGUGAAGCAUCGAGUACAAACUGUGCCACCACCCAGUUUAACAAAAUCCGUAACGACUUUGAAGAAAAAUGCGCAAUCUGGUGGAAAAGCCGCGAACACGAAACGGUUGAGCUACAGGAAAUCCAAAUCGUCUUCAGAUUCUCCACGACAGCCUUGUGAAUCCCAGAGUUUUCAGUGUUUAACCCCAGGAAGGGUAUCUCCAGACAUGGACCAGCCAGCAGUUGUCUCCGUGGAAAAGCGUCCAUCACUCACUGAAAGAGAGCUCACACCUAUUGUUCUAAACCAACUUGAGUCUACGAGGAAGCAAAAGCAGGAAUGGAAAAAGACAAGAAGAGGAAGUAACAAAGAAGAAGUUGUCAAAAAAGAACCGGAUGUGGUAUCUGAUUCUGGAGCUGAAAGCUGUAGUGAGGAAGCCUCUAAACGUACUGCACAGCUGUUUAUGACGGGGAUACAAACAGCUCUCACUGAAAACUUUGAUGAAGUUCAGGUUUCUACAAAGGAUGGUUCCCAGGAUAUUGUUACAGAAGUAGACAAUGUUCUGGCCAAAUUGAUGGCAUCUUUACAGAAAGGUGAUGUGGAGAUGCCUGGGAUUCAGGGCAAUAUUAUUCCUUUGAUAACCAGCCUUCAAGCCACACUUAGAGCUAAACAAUCUACACAACAACAGCAGCUUACUACACCUCAACAACAGCUUAGUUCUCCACAAAAGCAGCUUAGUACAUCUCAACAGCAGCUUAGUACACCUCAACAGCAGCUAAGUACUCCUCAACAGCAGCUUAGUACUCCUCAACAACAGCUAAGUACUCCUCAAGAGCAGCUUAGUACUCUUCAACAACAGCUAAGUAAUCCUCAACAACAGCUUAGUACUCCGCAACAGCAGCUAAUUACACCUCAACAACAACUUAUUUCACUGUCACAACAGCUUAGUACACCUCCACAACAGUUAAGUACACAUCAACAGCAACCAAGUAAAAUACAAGAUGAAAGAGCAGAUCAACUGAAAAAUCUUCCUUCUAUAGAGAUAAACCGUGCCCAGAUUCCUGAUUGCGUUGAACAUGUUCAAUCUCCUGAACUUCAUCAUAAACUUGCUCAAACUUUUGAACAUGAUCAUCCACCUAAACAACAACAUGUAAAGGGCUCCAAGAUCCCCUGGAAGAUCCAAGCGAACAGAAAAAGAAAAUUAAAACAUUUUACAAUAGGUUUAACAAGAGAAGAAUUUGCUAACAUUCAAGAAACAUUUCGCAAUAGACCAGUUCAAUUUCCCGGCCUCCAGAGUGCUGCUCCUUACUCCCUCUCCAGGAAUAAGUCCGAAGGUCAUAUUAUCCGCGGUACUGAAGUCCAAGAGAACGAGGCUGCUGAAGAUGAAGCUGGAUAUCUCUCUGAUAUAUGUGAUUAUAACCUCCAGAAUUAUCCUCCUGCAGCUGAGGAUAAAGAGGCCGGUGUUGUUCAUGGUAAACUCUUUAUUCCAAUGUCCAGUGAUACGGAGGCAUCUCCGCUGAUCAGGGUUCGUUCCUCCAAGCUUGCUAAAAGCAGGUUGGGAGAAGAUGAGGAGGUAGUUGGCUGUGAGUUUGAUUAUGAUGAGUCUAGUGUUCAAACUGGUAUUCUCCAGAUAGCUAAACCUGGAAAGAAGGUCAAGCACUCAGAUGAAGAGGAUUCACAGCUGAGCCGACAGAGUUCGGUGGAGGACAACAAGGUUGAUGGGGGAGGACGAAGAAAGAGCUCUGGAGGGAAAUCAUCAUCUAUAAAAUCCCGAAUACAGAUGAGAAAACUCAUCAAGGAGGCAAAUAAACACGAGAUUCCUAGUGGCACACUUUCAGAUCAGGAUCCAGACAACGACAGAGAAUCUGUCGAAGAAAAGCAGGACAGUGAGUCGACUCUGGACCACGAGAUCUUCAACUCCAAAAAGUUGGAGAUCUCAACGCCAAGCUAUAAAAUGUCCGAGCUAACCCCAGAGAGUAUGCGUCGGAUGAAGGACUGGAAUUCAAGAUUUUCAAAUUUAAAAAGUUCGUUUGAUGCAAGUUCAGACAAGGAGGAGGAGUUGUUACUGUCCCCCCUGCAAUCUAGAAGAGGGAAACCUCAGUUUGAAACAGAUACUGAGGAACGAGGGAGGGGACGGUUUAAAGAAAAAGUCCCGGCAACCAAACGCGCACAAAGUGCGCACUGCACCCUGCGCACCCCAGCAACGACCAACCACCCUAAUCAGAGUACAGCAAGUGAACGAGCUCAAUCGAAGGAUGACAAGAAUAAGAAUAAUGCCAUUAUUGCCAACAAUGCCACCAGGAGAAAUUUUGAACGAAUUUCUAAAGAGAAAAGCCCAUCUGCUAGGAGGACAGAGGAUACAGAUGAUGAAUAUAUUCAAUAUCUAAACUCUGUAGAUAGAUAUAGACAAAGCAACCCCAAUCCAAAACCAUUCAGACCUACAACAGCAAGACCAGAUGCAAUAGCAAACCCUGGACGCAAAAUGUCCGACGGUCAAAAUACUUUAAAACAACCUCAGGCUAAAAGCAAGCAAACAACCCCGGUAAGGGAUCCUGAAAUUGGAAUCAGAGUUUCUAAAAGUGUACCCAAGGAGGUUAGCAAACACAAGACAUUGGUAAAAGAAGAAAGUCAGGCGGAAAUAUUAGGUUUAGUCCGGACGAACAAGGAAACUGGAGCUGUGGAGAAGACUAAUGAUAUGGACUACGAGGACUACAUGAACAUUAUCAACAGGGUCCGGAAGACGAAGGAGUUUACCAGGGUCAGGACGGAGCAAGCCAGACUAGCGAGUAUGUAUGCUCAGGAGAGAAAACGACAAGAAGAGAUUCAGUUAGAAGAAGAGAGAUUGAGGUUGGAAAGAGAGAGAUUUGACGAGGAAAAGAGAAGAUCGUUCAGCCUUCCCACUCCAGAAGUUCCCGUUUAUACUCAGAGACUUUCGGAAGAAAAUGUUGAAAAGGGACAAUUAGACAACAAGGAANCAUUAGACAACAAGGAACCAACAACUAGGACAUUAGACAACAAGGAACCAACAACUAGGACAUUAGACAACAAGGAACCAACAACUAGGACAUUAGACAACAAGGAACCAACAACUAGGACAUUAGACAACAAGGAACCAACAACUAGGACAUUAGACAACAAGGAACCAACAACUAGGACAUUAGACAACAAGGAACCAACAACUAGGACAUUAGACAACAAGGAACCAACAACUAGGACAACCUAA